AUGUCGGGAGAUAAUGAAAUGUCGGUUUUCGGGCCAGCUGCCCCCUUCCUAAGGAAACCAGAAAAAGAAAGAUUGGAGGCUCAGAACAAACCAUUUGAUGCCAAGAACACUUGCUUUGUGGACGAUCCCAAAGAGCUGUAUGUGAAAGGUCUGAUCACCGCCCGAGAAGGUGGUAAAGUGACUGUGAAGACCGACGAUGGAACGACCUUGACUGUUAAAGACAGCCAGGUUUACCCUCAGAACCCUCCCAAGUAUGAUAAAAUUGAAGACAUGGCGAUGAUGACCCAUCUAAAUGAGGCGUCUGUUCUGUAUAACCUCAAAGAGCGUUAUGCAGCCUGGAUGAUCUAUACCUACUCCGGCCUUUUCUGCGCCACUGUAAAUCCCUACAAGUGGCUGCCGGUGUAUAACCCUGAAGUGGUUGAGGGCUACAGAGGAAAAAAGCGUCAAGAAGCCCCACCACACAUCUUCUCCAUCUCGGAUAACGCCUAUCAGUUCAUGUUAAUAGACCGUGAUAACCAGUCUAUCCUGAUUACCGGAGAAUCUGGUGCUGGAAAGACUGUGAACACCAAGCGUGUCAUCCAAUACUUUGCAACAAUUGCAGCUGUUGGGGAUUCAGGAAAGAAAAAGGAGUCAAGCAACAACAUGCAGGGAACACUGGAAGAUCAAAUCAUCCAGGCUAAUCCUCUGCUGGAAGCCUUCGGUAAUGCCAAAACUGUGAGAAAUGACAACUCCUCUCGUUUUGGUAAAUUCAUCAGAAUUCACUUUGGAACUACAGGAAAACUGUCUUCCGCUGAUAUUGAGACGUACCUACUGGAAAAGUCCAGAGUUACAUUCCAGCUUUCAGCUGAAAGGAGCUACCACAUCUUCUACCAGAUGCUGACAAACAAGAAGCCGGGACUGAUCGAAAUGCUUCUCCUUACUACAAAUCCAUUUGACUACCCCUUUUGCAGCCAAGGUGAGGUUACUGUGAAGAGUAUUGAUGAUGAAGAGGAGCUGAUGGCCACAGACACUGCCAUUGACAUCCUGGGGUUCUCACCAGAUGAAAAGGUUGGUAUCUACAAGAUGACUGGAACAGUCAUGCACCAUGGGAACUUGAAAUUCAAGCAAAAACAAAGAGAGGAGCAGGCUGAGCCUGAUGGCACUGAAGUUGCUGAUAAAAUUGGCUACUUGAUGGGUCUGAACUCUGCGGAUCUUCUAAAGUCUUUGUGCUACCCAAGAGUCAAAGUCGGCAAUGAAUAUGUCACCAAAGGACAAACCGUUCAACAGGUUUACAAUGCUAUUGGUGCUCUCAGCAAGUCUGUUUAUGAGAAACUGUUUUUGUGGAUGGUCACCCGUAUCAACCAGCAGCUGGACACUAAGCUGCCUAGACAGCACUUUAUUGGUGUCCUGGAUAUUGCUGGAUUUGAGAUAUUUGAUUACAACAGUCUUGAGCAGCUCUGCAUUAACUUCACCAAUGAGAAGCUGCAGCAGUUCUUCAAUCAUCACAUGUUUGUCCUGGAACAAGAAGAAUACAAGAAGGAAGGAAUCGAUUGGGAAUUCAUUGAUUUUGGUAUGGAUCUGGCUGCUUGCAUUGAGCUCAUUGAGAAGCCAAUGGGAAUCUUCUCAAUUCUGGAGGAAGAGUGUAUGUUCCCUAAGGCUUCUGACGCUUCCUUUAAGAACAAGCUCUAUGACCAGCACCUUGGCAAGUGCAAGAACUUUGAGAAGCCCAAACCUGGUAAAGGGAAGGCAGAAGCUCACUUCUCCUUGGUGCAUUAUGCUGGGACUGUGGAUUAUAAUGUCACUGGCUGGCUGGAGAAGAACAAGGACCCACUGAAUGAAACCGUUGUUGGCCUCUACCAGAAAUCUUCAGUGAAACUUCUAUCCUUCCUCUACUCCAGCUAUUCCGCAACUGAUGCUGCUGAAGCCAGUGGUGGAAAAGGAAAGAAAAAGAAGGGAUCGUCUUUCCAGACUGUCUCUGCACUGUUCAGAGAAAAUCUCAACAAGCUUAUGACUAACCUAAAAAGCACUCACCCUCACUUUGUGCGUUGUCUGAUUCCUAAUGAGACCAAAACUCCAGGUAUCAUGGAUAAUCAUCUGAUCAUUCAUCAGUUGAGAUGUAACGGUGUGCUGGAGGGAAUCAGAAUCUGCAGGAAGGGAUUCCCCAGCAGGAUCCUUUAUGCUGACUUUAAACAGCGUUACAGAGUCCUCAAUGCCAGUGCAAUCCCAGAAGGGCAAUUUAUUGACAGCAAAAAGGCCUCUGAGAAACUCCUUGGCUCUAUUGAUGUGGAUCAUACCCAGUACAGAUUUGGACACACUAAGGUUUUCUUCAAAGCCGGUCUCCUGGGUACUCUGGAAGAAAUGAGGGAUGAAAGGUUGACACACCUUAUCACUCGUACUCAGGCUUUGUGUAGAGGAUUCCUGAUGAGAGUUGAAUUCAAGAAAAUGAUUGAGAGAAGGGAUUCAUUGUUUGUCAUCCAGUACAAUAUUCGUUCAUUUAUGAAUGUUAAGCACUGGCCAUGGAUGAAGCUGUACUUUAAGAUCAAACCUCUUCUGAGGAGCGCUGAGACUGAAAAGGAGAUGUCCAACAUGAAGGAAGAGUUUGAGAAGACCAAGGAAGCCCUUGCUAAGGCAGAAGCAAGGAGGAAAGAACUUGAAGAAAAAAUGGUUACUAUAGUGCAAGAAAAGAAUGAAUUACUGUUGCAAGUCCAAUCCGAAGGGGAAAGUUUGUGUGAUGCAGAAGAGAGAUGUGAAGGACUCAUAAAAAACAAAAUCAAUCUGGAAGCCAAAAUCAAGGAACUUUCAGAAAGACUUGAAGACGAGGAGGAAAGUAAUGCAGAACUGACGGCCAAGAAGAGGAAACUGGAAGAUGAGUGCUCGGAGCUGAAGAAAGACAUUGAUGACUUGGAGCUUACAUUGGCCAAAGUUGAGAAGGAGAAGCAUGCUACUGAAAACAAGGUUAAAAACCUUACUGAAGAGUUGUCAGCAUUGGAUGAGAGCAUUUCCAAGGUUACCAAAGAGAAGAAAGCUCUUCAGGAGGCUCACCAGCAAACUCUGGAUGACCUGCAGGCUGAGGAGGACAAAGUCAGCACUCUGACCAAAGCCAAAAUUAAACUGGAACAACAAGUAGAUGAUCUGGAAGGAUCAUUGGAACAAGAGAAGAAACUUCGUCUUGACUUUGAAAGAGCCAAGAGGAAGCUUGAAGGAGACUUAAAGCUGUCUCAAGAAACAGUGAUGGAUUCUGAAAAUGAAAAACAACAAGCUGAAGAAAGGCUUAAGAAGAAGGACUUUGAGAACAGCCAAUUGCAAGGAAGGGUUGAAGAUGAGCAGUCCCUGGGAUCUCAGCUGCAGAAAAAGAUCAAGGAGCUGCAGGCUCGUAUUGAAGAAGUGGAAGAAGAGAUCGAAGCUGAGCGUGCUGCUCGUGCCAAGGUUGAAAAACAAAGGUCCGACCUCUCUAGAGAACUUGAGGAGAUCAGUGAAAGGUUUGAAGAAGCUGGAGGAGCAACCUCAGCUCAGAUUGAGUUGAACAAGAAGCGUGAGGCAGAGUUCCAGAAGGUGAGACGUGACCUGGAAGAGUCCACACUUCAGCAUGAAGCCACCGCCGCUGCCCUGCGUAAGAAGCAUGCCGACAGUGCUGCUGAACUUGGGGAACAAAUUGAUAAUCUCCAGAGAGUUAAACAGAAGCUGGAGAAAGAGAAGAGCGAGCUUAAAAUGGAAGUUGAUGACCUUGCCAGCAACCUGGAGAAUGUCUCUAAAUCUAAGACCAACCUUGAGAAACUGAGCCAUGUUCUAGAGGAUCAGCUCAGUGAAAUUAAGGUGAAAGAUGAUGAACAACAGCGUCUUAUUAAUGACCUCACAGCUCAAAGAGCACGUUUCCAGACAGAAAAUGGUGAACUAUCCCGUCAACUAGAGGAAAAAGAAUCUCUGAUUUCUCAUCUCACGAAAGGAAAACAAGGAUUCACACAGCAGAUGGAAGAACUGAAGAGGCAGCUGGAGGAGGAAACCAAGGCAAAGAGCGCUCUGGCUCAUGCUCUGCAGUCAUCUCGCCAUGACUGUGACCUCCUCCGUGAACAAUAUGAGGAGGAACAAGAGGCUAAAGCUGAGCUGCAAAGAUCUAUGUCCAAAGCCAAUGGUGAAGUGGCCCAAUGGAGAACGAAAUAUGAAACUGAUGCCAUUCAGCGCACAGAGGAACUGGAAGAGGCCAAGAAGAAGCUUGCACAGCGUCUUCAGGAAGCUGAGGAGCAAGUAGAGGCUGUAAACUCCAAAUGUGCCUCCCUGGAAAAGACCAAACAGAGGCUGCAUGCUGAAAUUGAGGACCUUAUGGUUGAUGUUGAGAGGGCAAAUAGCGCAGCUUCUGCACUUGAUAAGAAACAGAGGAACUUUGAGAAGGUCCUUGUUGAAUGGAAACAGAAGUAUGAAGAGGGUCAGGCUGAGUUGGAAUCAUCUCUGAAAGAAGCCCGAAGUCUGAGCACAGAGAUCUUUAAGCUGAAAAAUGCCUAUGAGGAAGCUUUAGAACAAGUUGAGACCUUGAAACGUGAAAACAAGAACUUGCAGCAGGAGAUAUCAGAUCUGACUGAACAGAUUGGUGAAUCCAGCAAGUCCAUCAAUGAGUUAGAGAAAUCCAGAAAGCAAGUGGAACAGGAGAAGGGAGAUCUGCAAGCUGCACUGGAAGAGGCUGAGGGAACUCUGGAACAUGGAGAAACAAAGGUCCUCCGCAUCCAGCUUGAGCUGAACCAGGUGAAAUCUGAGGUAGACAGGAAAAUUGCAGAGAAAGAUGAAGAAAUUGAACAGUACAAGAGAAACAGCCAGAGAAUUAUUGACACCAUGCAGAGCACAUUAGAUGCAGAGAUCAGGAGCAGAAACGAUGCUCUGAGACUGAAGAAGAAGAUGGAAGGAGACCUGAAUGAGAUGGAAAUUCAGCUGAGCCAUGCCAAUCGGCAGUCAGCCGAGGCACAGAAACAGCUCAGAAAUGUGCAAGCACAACUGAAGGAUGCCCAGCUUCAGCUUGAUGAUGCUCUCAGAAGCCAGGAAGACCUAAAAGAACAAGUGGCAGCUGUGGAACGUAGGAAUAACCUGCAACAGGCUGAGAUUGAGGAGAUUCGUUCUGCUCUAGAGCAAACAGAAAGGUCCCGUAGGGUGGCAGAGCAGGAACUUCUGGAUGCAAGUGAACGCCUUCAGCUUUUUAAUUCUCAGAAUGCAAGCCUUAUCAACACCAAGAAGAAGUUAGAAAGUGAUGUCAGUCAACUACAGAAUGAAGUUGAGGAAGCAGUCCAAGAAGCCCGAAAUGCGGAAGAAAGAGCCAAGAAGGCAAUUACUGAUGCUGCAAUAAUGGCAGAGGAGCUGAAGAAGGAGCAAGACACUAGUACCCACUUAGAGAGAAUGAAGAAGAAUCUUGACCAGACAGUGAAGGAUCUUCAGCAUCGACUGGAUGAAGCCGAACAGCUGGCACUGAAAGGCGGCAAGAAACAGAUCCAGAAACUUGAGGCCAGGGUCCGUGAAUUAGAAAAUGAGCUGGACAAUGAACAGAAGCGUGGUACUGAAGCCAUGAAGGGAGUCCGCAAAUAUGAAAGAAGAGUUAAGGAGCUUACUUACCAGACUGAAGAGGACAAGAAAAAUAUUUUGAGACUUCAGGAUCUGGUAGACAAGUUGCAGCUGAAGGUCAAGGCUUACAAGAGACAGACUGAGGAAUCUGAGGAACAGGCCAAUGUCCAUCUCUCCCGCUUCAGAAAGGUCCAGCAUGAGUUGACAGAAGCUGGAGAAAGAGCUGAUAUUGCUGAGUCCCAAGUGAACAAACUCAGGACAAAGAGUCGCGAACUUGGUGGCAAGAAAGAUGGUGAAAUAUAAAGACCGCUCAACAGGAGAAGAUUGGGAAAUUGCAAAAUGUAAAUUUCUUUUCUCUUCACAAUUAAUUUGCCUUUAUCAAUAAAGCAUUUCAU